GCUAAAUGCACACUAGACAGACCGGAAUGGGAGGAAGAGAACAAAGAUUUGCUCUUCACCUCCAAUUCCCUUUCCCCCUUUUCCUUUCUCUGAUACGUGAUACACACCCGGCAGCUGCUGCUUUAUUUACAGCUCCUCCUCCUAGUAUUUCCUCCGCCCUCUCCACCAUUGCUUUUCCUGCCGUUCUGACCCCUACACCUCCUCGUCCUCGGCGCCAUUAUUCCCUCCUAUCCAUUCUCGUCUUGCCUGCCGGCUGCCGGUGCUCGCGCUCCGGCGACAUGUCGAAGAAAAUUGUGGUGAAGCUGGACCUGCACGACAACCGGGAGAAGCAGAAGGCCAUGAAGGCCGUCUCGGCGCUCAUCGGCAUAGACGCGAUAUCCAUGGACAUGGCGUCGCAGAAGAUGACGGUGAUUGGCAUGGUCGACCCCGUGGACGUGGUGAGCAAGCUGCGCAAGGCGUGGGCGGCGUCCAUCGAUUCUGUCGGCCCGGCCAAGGAGCCGGAGAAGGAGGAGAAGAAGGACGGCGAGGGCAAGAAGGACGGCGAUGGCAAGAAGGACGGCGACGCGGCCAAGAAGGACGGCGAAGAGAAGGACGACUCCAAGAAGGACGGCGACGGCAAGAAGGCGCCGCCGACGGAGCAGCAGAUCAUCGCCGAGCUUAUGAACCAGUACCGAGCGUACAACAACCACAACCCAUACAUGACCACCCACUACUUCGUGCAGAGCAUGGAGGAGGACCCCAACUCCUGUGCCAUCUGCUAAGCGUGCCGCGUGAGGUAAUUAAGCACGAUUUAUAACUAAGUGCAUGCAUAUAUCUGCGUGUAUAUACAGUACACGUAUGGCAGUAUGUGUAAGCAGGGAUGUCACCGCUGAAACUUUGCUUUCAGGGAUACUAGAGCUGUAAUGAUAUGUAGCUAAAAUUUUGGUUUUGUAUAUAAUACUGGAUGCUCAUGCAUGUGUGUGAAUCUGUCAAUCAAUUGAUAUGCAAUUUGUGGUUGAAGGUUAGCUCAGUCACACCAUGUAUGAUUUGGAAAAUAA